AUGCCCAUGGACAUCGUCUCCAACCCGUCAGUGGCCAUGGGGCACAGCCAGCAGCCAGCAGUUCACCCUUUCUUCCGUCAAGAUUUUGGUAUCACCUCACAGACAACUCCCUCGGAGCCCGAGACAGCAGCGAUUCCUCCCCCGAAUGCCUUCACUUCCGAAUCUGCCUCCGUAGGCACCCAAUACUCAAAUACCGAAAAUAAAGCCGACCUUGAACCCAUGGUACAGGGAAUUGACGAGAGUUUGCUUGCCAAUCAUCCGGUCCCGCGCAGCCCGGAGGAAGACCUGAAUGCAAGUCGCCGAAAGAGACGUAGGACUGAGAAGCCCAAACCAUCCGGCGAUGAUGCGCCGCUUCAAACUGGGCUAGCAGGAUGGUUGGGUAAAGAUAUAUCGACACCUGCAGUUUCAGCUGAAGCUUCUAUCGACCCGGCGAUCGAUACCACAGCAGCCCUGCCUCCACAAUUACUGACGGAGCCGACCUCUGUUGACACUGCCCCCGAGAAAUCGUCAGCCGUCUCCGACAACGCAAUACCAGACCCUGCGCCAGAUAGGAAGCGAAAAAUAGUGAAGCUUAAUUUGAAUGGGAGGCUACUUAGCUCUUCUCCCCCGAUGCAGGUGGAGGUUACAGAGCAAAAACGAACAACAGGGAAACGUGGACGACCCCGAAAGAUUGAAAGCAGACUAGCAAUUCUCAAAUACGGCGUUGAAGAUGACAAAAGGCUAGCAAGAUUAGUUGAGGACAUCAUUCACGGUCGUUCAACACAUAAACCUGCGCCUGUUCGUCCAUUGACGGCGCCGCCGCCCAAAGUGACGAAGCCUGCGAAACCUACACAUCCUUUCUUUCUCAAGAAACCCACGCAAGACGCCCAACCAGACCUCAUAUUCGAGUCCAAAACUAACAAGGAAACGCCACUCCAAAAACCAACCACCAAUCAACCACCACAUGACACCCCAGUCGCGAAGCGUGAGCCCCGGGCUUGGAGCUCUAUCCAGUCUUCGUUUACUAGCCGGACAGCAAAAUUUCCAGAGCUUGUUGAACCACUCUGGCCGCCUCGGGAUCUGGUUCACAUUAGGUCUGCUGAUUCCGCUCAGACCUGCGAAUGUACCUUCAGGGAUUCUCAGAAUGAUCAGAAGAAAUCAAAAUUACGAGUGGUUUCGAUUAACGACGACGAGAACGCCCUGCUUGUUAGUACUUCCCGGGCACGGAAGGCUGCAGCUCUCGCUUCAAGGGAAGAUAACAGCCCCCGUUCGACUCUUCGUAUCCCCGGGCGCUAUAUUUCAAGUGGUCGAGUCCUCCAGACAGCGAUCGACAAUCAGAUGUCUUGGACAAGCGACCCACGUUCAGCGAAAUACUUGUCUCUUCCGGUCAUCUCAAAUCUUCGAUCGUCUUUACUUUCAUCCUUCUCAGCCUUUGAUUGUGGCAAGUACGAAGCACAGCUCUGGGCACAUAAAUAUGCUCCUAAAGCAGCAGAAGAUGUCCUUCAAGUGGGACGUGAGGCUCAUGUACUCCGUGACUGGUUAAGGCAUCUCAAAAUCACUGCCGUUGACACGGGGAAAUCAUCAAAAGAUACCGCGAAAUCGAACGCAGAAAAGAAACGCAAAAAGAAGAAGAAGAAAGCGGACAAACUCGACGGGUUUAUCAUCUCCAGUGAAGAAGAAGAGUCCGAAAUGGAUAAUCUCUCUGGUUCGGACGAUGAAUUGGCGGGUCCUGUAACCGUGUCUGCUCAGAAAACUGUUAUUCGAUCAGGGGAUCUUGCGAGGCCCGCGGAGAAGAGCCGACUCACCAAUGCGAUACUCUUAAGUGGCCCACCGGGAUCUGGAAAGACAGCCUCGAUUUACGCCGUGGCUAAAGAACUUGAUUUUGAAGUAUUUGAAAUCAACGCAGGUACUCGACGAAGUGCCCGAGAUAUGUUGGAGAAGGUCGGGGACAUGACACAAAACCACCUGGUGCACCUUCUGAACGAAUCCGACGACAUGCCCACCAAGCCACGACCCUCAGAACCUGCUCAUGAAACCAAACAGAACAGGCUCAAGAGCUUCUUCAAAGGCAAACCGUCAAAGGACACUGGGCCCGAUACAACUUCCGCCAAAACGAGUCCCAAACGGCAGACCGAUGAAAAGCCCCUUCGUGAACAGAAACAAUCGUUGAUUCUUCUUGAGGAAGUGGAUGUUCUUUUUGAAGAUGAUAAACAAUUCUGGACGGGUGUCUUGACAUUAAUCAGCCAAUCAAGACGACCGAUCGUCAUCACAUGCAAUGACGAGAGCCUCCUACCUCUUCAAAAUCUAUCAUUGCAUGCCAUCUUACGAUAUCAAAAGCCGGCUCGCGACCUUGCAAUAGACUACCUGCUUCUUGUUGCUGCAAACGAAGGACAUGUCUUGAAGAGAGAUGCAGUCAGCAAGCUUUUCGACGCGUCUGGCAUGGAUGUUCGAAGAUCGCUCAUGGAUCUCAAUUUUUGGUGUCAAAUCGGUGUUGGCAGUGACAAAGCAGGUCUCGACUGGAUUCUUCCUUCAUGGCCCCCGGAGCGAAACAUCGACGAAAAUGGUGAUCGGAUGCGCGUUCUAAGUCUCAAUACAUACGAGUCCUACAUGGGCUGGUUUAACCGUGACCUCUUGCUGGGCGAGGAUUCCGAAGAUAAAGAGACGGAAGCUUUGAAGAAUACCUUGCACUGGUGGAGACUCGGAAUUCAGGACUCCGAGGAUGCAGCUGGAUUCAGCGAGGCUGAAAAGCUGCCUCGGGAUAACUAUCACGCAAAGUCGAAAAUCGAGCAACUCGAUAUCCUUGACCGGGAGAUGGAUUAUCUAGAUAUGAGAAGCUCUCUGGAUAUUCUUUCCUCUCGAUGUCAAAUAGACAUUUCAAAGGAUUCUCUUGACGUAUCCGCACCUCCGAUUCCCGACUCCCACCGAUCGAACUAUAUAGAGGCUUAUCCACUUCUCCAAGCCAGUCUCGAGCCUGAAUACACUGCGCUCAGUGAGAAUAUUGGACUCUGGUUCUCAGCGUCAAUCUCCAGGGUUUUCCGCGCGCGCCAUGAUGACAUGGAAUCGGCGUACGCCAGUCAAAUUUUCAAUGGCUGGCGGCAGUCUGGCGCUCGUCGACAGGUCUUUCCCUCAAAAUUAACCGAGUUUCAAAAAGUUUUUGAACCUCUCACCAGGUUUAACUAUACAAUGACAUUGGUGACCGGCCGACUCGCUCCCUCUUUUGAAAACACGUUGUCGCCUAUCACGGAGGACCUCGCACCUUAUAUUCGCUCCAUCAUGGUGUUUGACGCGCGCUUGAAGCAUUAUCGCGACUACCUCAGCGCACUAUCGGACCAGCAGAAUCCUCAUGGCGAGAAGAAGCAGAGAAGUACUCGGGCCAGCCGAGCAGCACUGGAAGGGGGCAACAAGGCUUCGGUCCGAAAAGAGAGGUGGUUCCCCGAUGAUACGAACUACUUUUUGGUACAAGGAACUGGGAAGCCUGAAUGGCAAAGCAUCUUGUUUCAGAUGGGGCAUUUCCAGGUCCAGCCGGUUAUACAACAGAGCGAAACCGGUAGCGAGCAAGUUUCCGACGCCUCAGAGGAGCAUUAG